UCUAACACUUCAGGUUAGAUCGUAUGGCUUCUCUGAGAACUGGCUAAUGUCCUUUUUACCUGCAGCUUGAUUAUUUACCAGAGCACUUCUAGAAUUAACUCGCUGCUUAAAAGGGCAGGGCUCCAUCUAUUGCAACUGGAUGCAACCAGUGGCUGGUGGAAAUGGCAGAUGCCCCGGUUCCUAAAAAUCAGACUCCAGAUUAUAAAUUGUUUUCAUUCCAAGACUUCAACCUCAUCUCCGGGAUUCACCUUUCUGAUGAGGUGGAGCAAAUUAAAAACUGGGCAAUCCGUGACUCGGAUGUGUUUUUGUUGACCUACCCAAAGUCAGGAACAACCUGGUUGAAGCAGAUCCUGACUAUGAUUGAGGCUAAGGGAGAUAUCACAGCCACCUCCAACCAGAUGGUAUUAGAAACCAUCCCCUGGAUUGAGGUUCUGCAUGACAAGGAGAAGUUUACCACUGCUGCUUCACCUCGGAUACGCUCUUCACACCUACCCUACAAGUUGCUCCCAAGGGACCUCACAAAGAAACGUGGCAAGGUCAUCUAUGUGGCCAGAAACCCCAAAGAUGUGCUGGUGUCCUACUUUCAUUUCCAUAACUGUGCCGUCAUGCUGGAGACACCCAAGGAUUUUAAUGACUUCUUUGAGAAAUUUAUGCAAGGAAAAGUGUUUGCAAGCAACUGGUUUGAGCACAUCAAGUCCUGGUACCUGCACAGGCAUGAAAUGGACCAUCUGUACGUUACCUACGAGGAGAUGAUCCAGGAUCUAAGAGCAGUGGUGGAGCGGAUCUGCUGCUUUCUAGGGAAGGACCUGAGCUCCUCAGAGAUGGACAACGUGGUGAUGCACAGCACCUUUGAGAACAUGAGCAACAAUUCAUCCGUCAACUACAAACGGUUGCCUGAGACAUUACUCAAUCACCAGAAAGGGGCUUUCAUGAGGAAAGGGACUGUCGGUAACUGGAAGAAACACUUCACUGUGGCCCAGAGUGAAAGAUUUGACCUCAUGUUCCAGGAGGAGAUGAAAAAUGUGCCACUCAGCUUUGUUUGGGACAUCAAAGAUCUUUCAGUGUAGACAGAAUUCUACCAGGAACCAGCAAUCAUCUGUAAUGAAGGUGGGGAGCAGCAGGCAAGCUGAAUGAUAGAUUGGUUUCACAGCGUCUUUCCUAUCAGUGGGAGGUAUGAGUACGCCUCCGUGUGUUAGUGCCCGUGGUUGAAAGGUAGCUGGUUCAAAUCCCGUGGCUGAGUGAUUUCACCGUUGGGCCCUUCAGACCGUUAACCCCAGUUGCUCUAGGGACUGACUAACUCUGCUCUCUCAAUCAUACAUCACCUUGGAUAAAGGUGUCUGUUAUAAAUGAAUCAGAACACCGAAUUAUCAGUUAAACUCCAAUUAAGCCGGUAUGAUUCUCAAUCUGAUUCUAAAGAGGGGAGCGGCAGAUCAAAAACCUUCAGGAAUCAUGGUCUUUGGUGCCUGGGUUUCCAUGAUUUCAUUAUGAACUCACUAGGAAUCACCCCACCGGAACUUACAAAAUAUGAUUGUAACAUUUGUAUCUAAUACACAUUUUAUAUGUGUGGCAAAGUUGUGGUUCAACGAACCUAAUAAGUCCAUUGGUAGCAGCCAGCCAUGAUUUCUGCAUGUUCAUGAAUCAUAUUAAAGGAUUAUGUUACUAAAUAUUUGCUGUAAUCACACUAAGACAUCGUGGUCUAUCAUCAACCGUCCCCCGACUGUACAUUCCAUUAAAACCUGUCUGUGAAUAAA